CCCGCCCCUCCGCUCGCCGCAACCCCGGCUCCUCCCUCGUCCGGCCCACAGGGCGGGGUCUGUCGGCUCGCCCUCCCCUCGCCGCUUAAGCCUUCCUUCCCUCCGCUAACUGGGUCCCCUCCCCACAGCAACACGGCUUCUCUUCUUCAGGCCGGCGACAGGGGCUUCCCCUCAGCCUCCGCCGCCACCGCCACUGCCGCCGACGACGACGACCAAGUCCAGCCGCGCCCGCGGCCCGCGGCCGCCAUGCAGUUUAUGUUGCUUUUUAGUCGUCAGGGAAAGCUUCGACUGCAGAAAUGGUAUGUCCCACUAUCAGACAAAGAGAAGAAAAAGAUUACAAGAGAACUUGUUCAAACCGUUUUAGCACGGAAACCUAAAAUGUGCAGCUUUCUUGAGUGGCGAGAUCUGAAGAUUGUUUACAAAAGAUACGCUAGUCUGUAUUUUUGCUGUGCUAUCGAGGAUCAGGACAAUGAGCUAAUUACCCUGGAAAUAAUUCAUCGUUAUGUGGAAUUACUUGACAAGUAUUUUGGCAGUGUGUGUGAACUUGAUAUCAUCUUUAAUUUUGAGAAGGCUUAUUUUAUUUUGGAUGAGUUUCUUUUGGGAGGGGAAGUUCAGGAAACAUCCAAGAAAAAUGUCCUUAAAGCAAUUGAGCAGGCUGAUCUACUGCAGGAGCCACGUCAUGAAUAUUUUAAUGUCCCUGUGUACUAAAUGACUACUCAUCGUGUAUGCAGAGUUUCACAGAGGAAAUAGAGAGCUGAUAUACUUAUGAAAGAAAAUAUCCCCAGCUUGGUGACUAUCUUGUAUAAUAGAGCAUUUCAGAAACCAGUACCUUUACAAUUGUAAUUGUUUUUCCUGUCCUCAUUUUUCUUUUUCUGUUUUAUUUUCAUCCUAUAUGUGAUCUUGAUGUAGUUUAUUCCUGCUCGCAACUAGCUUAAUUUCUUCUUGAAAUAUGACCUAUGAAUGUUUUUAGUAGUAGUUCAUCUUAAACACAUACAUGUCAUCAUUUACGAACCAUCUGUGAUUAAAAUCUUGUAAGAGAAAAAUUUAGCCAUCGUUAAAAUGUUCACCAAAGAAAACAGCGGAGACGCUAUGCCCAAAUAAGCGUGCAGUAACAGGGAGUGUGGCUUGGUCUUCAAAUGUUUCAGGGGAGAAAAGAAAUUCUCGUUAGUGUGACUAUAUUACAGCCUAUGUGAGGUAAUGUUUUCUAAUGUAUCACAUAAAAGUGUAUUUGGAAAUAAUUCCAGAAAGUAAAAUCUGUACUGUUCCGUAGUAUUUAAGGGUAAAACAUUCACAGUUCUUAAGUUCCUGAUGCCACCUUUAUUCAGUCACAUUUGUGCUAGACAGUAUUGAACAGUCCCUUUAAGAGUGAUCAGAAAGCUCUGUCAGAAGCCUCUGCGGCAAUAUCUCUUGUUUAAUAAGAAGUAACCUUUUCAAAAUGUUAAUACUGAGUUUAUAUAGUUAAAAUUCUAAUACUCAAUUUAAAUACUAAUAUUUUUACUAGUUAUGGUUUUAUAAUAUAUAUUAAGUCUUCAUUUAAAUACUUAUAAUUUGUUAACUAUGGUUUUAUUUUAAGACUUCUAAUAUUGAUCAUGAUUGUGUAUACUUUUAAUGAAACGUGCAACUUAUUUUAUUGUAAAAGGAAAAGUACCAAAUAAUUCACUGUUCGUAUCUAGAGAGUUUAAAAGCCUAAGUUAUCAUUAAACAAAUUCAGAAGACACUCAGGUUUACCACUGAAAGAAGACCUGUGAACAUGUAGAUUAGGCAGGUAGGCAGAGCAGUUCUUUCCAUUCUCUAUGUCCUGCACUACAUUUGAAGCACCUGGAUGGGCUAUCAAAUGAGAAACUUACCAUUAUACAUUGAAAGCAUUGGGAAACAUUGGUCUUUCAUUUCCAUUUUUUUUCCCUCUGUCCCUCCCCCCACCCUGCAAGAUGUUAUUCAUCUGGUUUUAAUGCUGAAUAUGCAUUGUCUCCUGCCGGUUUGCUUUGGAUGCUGUGCUGUGUGCUGAGCUGUAACAAGAUGUUGCUUCUUUUGUUAUUUAUAUACAGCUGCUUGCUUUCAAUUCGUAGAUUCUGAAAUCGCUUUUCUUGCACGUCUAAAAUAAAAGUAUUGCAUGUACUUUGUCUCAUGUGAAUGACUUUUUUUCUUCUCCAUCCCUUUGGACAAAUAAUAUAUUUUAUAUUUUGGUUUUUCCAGGUAAUUUUAUUAAAUCGUGUAAAAAACACCAAAAGUGGCUAAGCUGGUAAUCUGUUGAGUGUACAGUUCAGUACUGUUAAGUAUAUUCACAGUGUCAUGAAAGUGACGUCCAGAAAUUUUUCCUCCUGUGAAACAAACUGUAUAUCCAUUAAACAACUCUCCAUUUCCCCUUCCCCCAGCCCUUGGUAACCGCCAUUCUACGUUUCUAUGAAUGUGACUACUUUAGCUGCUACUUCUUGUAGGUAAUUUUGAGCUACAAUUUCAGUGUCAACAUGGGAAGAUCACGUUUUAUACUAUGGACACAAUUUGUAAAAGAAACUAAUGUAGUAUUUGUACAAGUCUCAAGGAGUAAAAUGUAUAAAUGAUUCCUUUAAACCAGGCCUUUUAGAAAGUACACAUUUUAAAUAAUGCAUAUUUGAUAAGUAACAUGCUUCUCUUUGUGAAAUGCUAUAUAGGAUUGCAGGCAGUGAGCACAUAGGGGAAAUCUGACCAGCUCCAGGGAAUAGGAUGGGAGACAUUUUUACAUGGAUCAGCGAAGAAUGUUAGCCGUAUAGAAUUCAGUGUAGGCAUCUUUUAAUAAAUGCAUUAAAGGUUACAUGGUGUUUUUAAGAACUAUUGAACAUUACAACUGACCUAUGAACAAUGAGGGGGUUAGGAGCACUGACCAUCCCAGGCAGUUGAAAACCCACAUAGAACGUUUGACUCCCCACAAACUUAAUAGCCUACUGUUGACUGGAAGCCUUACCAAUAACCUAAACACUCCAUUAACACAUCUUUUGUACAUGUAUUAUGUACUGUAUUCCUAAAGUACGCUGGAGGAAAAAAAUGUUAAGAAAAUCCUAAGGAAAAUACACUUAUAGUACUGUAUAGUAAAAAGUCUCUGUAUAAAUGGACCUGUACAGUUCAAAUCCGUGUUGUUCAAGGGUUAAAUGCAAAUGAUUAUUUUUAAAUUGUUUCAAGCUGUAUGUGGUUCAGAUGUCAGUAUAUUUAAUGUUUAAGGCUAAACAUACAUCAAAAACACUGGUUUAUUACAUCAUUCUUGGGAGUGUUGGCAUCUUUUCCAUCAGACUUACUUUAAGAACUCUAUCAUGAAAACUCAGCUUCAACACCUGUAACUCAAUACUCAUAGUAAUAUGCUUGUUGUGUCAUCCAUCUCCCCUCCACCUCCAUUUUGGCCUCGGGGUUUUAAAGCAAGCCCUGGACAUAAUUUCAUCUUCGAUACUUCAGUAUGUAUCACCAAGAGACUGAAGUAC